AUGGAACCAGUGAAUCUUACACAAAUUUCAGAAUUUCUUCUCCUGGGAUUCUCAGAGGAACCAGAACUUCAGCCCCUCGUCUUCGGGCUGUUCCUCUCCAUGUACCUGGUGGCCGUGCUGGGAAACCUGCUCCUCGUGCUGGCCGUCGGCUCAGACUCCCGCCUCCACACGCCCAUGUACUUCUUCCUGUCCAACCUGUCCUUGGUGGACAUCUGCUUCACCUCCACCACCGUCCCGAAGAUGCUGCUCAACAUCCAGACACAGAGCAAAGUCAUCACCUAUGAAGGCUGCAUCAGCCAGAUUUAUUUUCUUAUACUCUUUGCGGUGUUGGAUGUCUUCCUCCUGACCGUGAUGGCCUAUGACAGGUAUGUGGCCAUCUGCCACCCCCUGCACUACACAAUCAUCAUGAAACCCCAGCUCUGUGGACUGCUGGUUCUGGCAUCCUGGAUCACAAGUAUCUUAAAUUCCAUGCUACAAAGCUUAAUGGCAUUACGACUAUCCUUCUGCAUGGACUUGGAAAUCCCCCACUUUUUUUGUGAACUCAAUCAGAUGAUCAAACUUGCCUGUUCAGACACCUUUUUAAAUAACAUGGUGAUGUAUUUUUCAGCUCUCCUGCUUGGUGGUGGGUCAUUCGCUGGGAUCCUUUACUCUUACUCUAAGAUAGUGUCCUGCAUACACGGAAUGUCAUCAGCUCAGGGGAAGUAUAAAGCAUUUUCUGCUUGUGCCUCUCACCUCUCGGUUGUCUCCUUAUUUUAUUGUACAAUGCUGGGCGUGUACCUCAGCUCUGCUGCUACUCACAGCUUACACGCCAGUGCAAUGGCCUCUGUGUUGUACACCGUGGUCACACCCAUGCUGAACCCAUUCAUCUACAGCCUCAGGAACAAAGACAUCAAACAGGCCCUGAAAACAUUCUUUGUGAAGGAAACUACAAGCAGGCCAUUGUCCUAA